GUUUAAUCUCAGCCAUAUAUUGCCAUCCGAGCACAAUAAAUCACAACUUUAGUAUAUAUCUUGCACCCUCCUGGAUACUCAGCUCAAAGCUGGAACAAUUUCCCACCGUCUUAUUUGAUCGAUAUCCCUGAAUUCGCGCCUCGCGGUUAUUACAUAUUCUUAUUUCUCACUGAACGUUCUUUCUCCCCCCCUCCACCAUGACACCAACCAACACCGUAGCAUCAGACGUCUCUGCACUCAAGGAAGAAGGAAAUGCGCUUUUCAAAGCACGACGAUUUGCCGAAUCUGCAGAGAAAUACGCAAAGGCGGAAUCACAAACCCCUCAAGAUCCGGUGUUUUCUUCGAAUCUCAGUGCUGCCUUGUACGAAUUAGGUGAUUACGCAGGAUGCGUCCACGCUAUAUGUCGUGCAGCAAAGAAAGUUCAGGCUCUUCAAGAUGAUGAUCAAGAGAAGAAUCUUGUCCUUCUUCAGAAGCUCUCCUCGAGGCUACCGAAAGCAUUCAUCCAUGGUAUCCUCAAUGGGUCCAUCGAUGCGUCGUCACUGGGUUUGGUAAACGAUGGAGAAAAGGAUGUUUUGGAGCGAUUGAGGUUUGUUGGAGCGGGUACUAGUAGUAGUAAUCCUGACAGUGAUACGUCGCGUCUUUGGGAACAAUUUCAACGCGUCAGGGACGAGCGUAGCGCGAUUUCGGAGGUUGAUGUUGUUAACGCGCGACAUCGACUUGCGGAUUUGCCUAUUUUCAAAAAAGCAAUUGGUCAAGAUGAAGUCAUCUCCCUCGUUGAUGAUUGGGGCGCUUUGCCAGAAGAACAAGAUCCUAUCGACCUAGCCUCGCUUUCAUCCUCCCAAAGGAAAAAUCUCUCUUUCUUAUUCGCCGGCGUCGGUGACGCUCGUCAUGUAUUCGGUACCAUGAUCGGUCUCAAAAAGGCCCACGAAAAACUUCGUCCGGCUCAACAAAAAGAUAUCAACGUGCAUCUAACUCUUCUUGAUAUUCACCCGACUGCUCUAGCUCGCGAUCUUUGUAUAAUGAUGCUCUUGGACGAUCUCAUUCAUAAUGCGAAAACACCUCUCGAAGAAGAGAUCUUGGCGACUCUGUUCUAUACGUAUGCUGGUGUGGUUAUGCCAGACAAGUGUGCUCAAAGGUUACAACAGACCAUCCAGAAGACUCAUGACGCGCUCACUAGAUCUGAACCUUCGACCCAGCUUCCGUCAUGGAUCCACAUCAUACCCUCAUCCAUACCCGGCUUACUUGCGUCGCUCAAGUACUGGCAAACCAUCGUAUCCUCCCAGUCCCGAACAACACGCAGAAUGGUUCAAGCCCAUCGACCAAUCAGCAAAAAAGCUACAAAUAGUUUCUUAACCGGAGGCCACCCCGGACUCGACGCCGGCUUUUCUGCAAGGAUGCAAAACAACUUCGACUCUGAACGUCAAGCCAUGAUGAACAAUAUCAAUCAACUACCGGAAGACAUGCUCAUUGAAUUAAUAGCAAAGGCUGCUCCGACUCCUUGUCCAGGACGUGAUAAACCACGAGAACGAGCCAAGUGGAUCGAGGCUGGGAAGGAGAUGAGCGUGGAUAUGUUGACGGAUAUGAACGAGAAAGCGGGGUCUGCACGGAAUACACCAGAUCUUUUUAGAGAGGCACAGAUGUAUCACAAAACGAGAUGUUUCGUGCCUCCGAGGAGUUUCCGUGGGCGGAACAUGGCUGAUUGGUGGUCUUGUAUUCGCAGAAAUGAUGGUGUUCCUCCUUCGAUGGAUGAGGUGUCACGAGAAAUGGAAAAUACAUGGAAGCCUAAUUACUCCCUUUUCGACGCGUGGUUUGACAGACCUCCUCGCGACGGUUAUCCCAAUUUGGCCACUCUCGAUGCCUUCCAACUCCUUCAACAAAUCCACGGCUUCAAUAAACGCAAAGGGCUUUUCGAUGCCCAUUCAAGCGUUGACGAAGACUGUCCCUCUUUCUCAGUGGUAUCCAUUUUUUUCAAGGCCACUGCUGAAGCUAUCAAAAUCCUGAAGGGAAAAAUCAUGUUUGAGUUCCUACAAGGAGACAUGUGCCAUACGCUUGCAAAGAUGCGCGUCGGGGACGAUCGCCCAUUCAAUUUUCCUCGGAAGUUCACCCGUAUGUGGUUGAGCAAUGUGCCAGAUUAUACGCACGGACCUAUGAAUAUGGCCCUUUAUAUCUUGCCAAACUUGGAUGAUCGUCAUUUAUAUUCUGCAGCUGCGUCGAAUUGUCUUCUUAAUACAGGUAUAUGGGCAUCUCCCGCUGAUUUCUGCCAUACGUAUACUCUUCUAUCUGUUGCUGAUGUGCCUCGAUUUUUGGGAUACCGAGUCAAGCACAUGGAGCCAGUCUUUGGUCUCAUUUUGCUUACUCCGCCUUCUCAGCCCUUCCCUCUACCGCUUUCCCAGUUAGCCUCUCGCGUAGAGUUGAUUCACUGGCUUUCCCGCGUACUAGUGUACACCCUUGCGCCACCGCAGUCUCGCAUGGAAGCCUUCCGCGUCAUGUAUCCCAACAAUCUCGUUCCCUUCUUGAAUAUCUUACUUCAUCUGCAAACCGUCGGAUUCCCUAGUCACUGGCUCUCUGAAUUUCUGCACGACGUUCUUCAUGAUCGGCUCAUGUCGACGGCAACUCCGUAUUCUGGUACCAUGCCUACACCAAUUAUCGAAGCGAAGCGAGUCGUACAACGAAGAAAACUCUUUCUUGACCCGUGGAAAGUAGACUGGGAGAACAUGCUCAGCAUUGCCCACGAGGCAUUGCCGUUCCCCAUCCAUGUUGCUCAUGACAGCACCAGCGAUGAAAUCUGUAUCACUUCUCAGGAUGAAAUUGGCCAUUACCAGGCAACUGUAGGACCCUCGGGCUGGUGCUUUCCCACACAGAUGAUGCGCUUGAACACAGAUCAAUGUGCGGUCCUCAUUUUCAUUGGCCCUAAAGCCCAAUAUGGUGCGGACUGGUUGGCUAAGAACAUGGCUGAAGUGCUCGAGGGACGGGCCACAAGAAAAGGAGACGUGUAUGUUCUAACCGUUGUCGAUGAGAUGAAUAUGGGGUCUAGUAAGAUUUCUUGGAGAAUGCGCAGAUCCCGAGCAGAUAAAAUGAAGAAGGAGAAGUGGACUAUGGUUCCAAUAAGAUUCGAUGCUCGGGAAGCCGCUGCCAAUCCCAUUCCCUCGAGUAAAUGGAAAGAAAUAUGGUCCACAUCUCAGAGCCCAAUACCCGAUCUGAACUUGGAACUGGAUUGAUUUGUACAGACGAUUCAAUUUAGAUGUUAGGACAUUGAUUAUGCAUGUGCACUUCCUCCUUGUGAUUUGUUUUGCUGUGUACAUAGUUUAUUUCUCCGUCUGCAGUGAAGGUCAAAUUUGGAGCAAGUAGGACGUUAUAUGAAUAUUUCUUUGACUGGAAAGAUUCAAGAUGUUCCACAAGCUAUUCCCAGUCAAACA